AUGUAUAAGAAAGAUGCCAUUGAUCGAGAUCUAGAUGCCAGACUGAAAAGCGUGCAUUUGAACGAAAAACAGCCCCAAACAAGUUCGAACUUAUCAGAGCAAAAUUCGGCCUACUCAUCAGCUCCUGGAUCGGGUGCCACCGAUGUGACCACGCCUGAGACCGGUGCGGAGGAGGAGGAGGAGCAGAAGGAGCAGAAGGAGCAAAUACAGACUCGUCAUCCACAGCCUAAGAAAGAGCCGUGGUACAAGAAACUAUCGGGAGUGCCACUUAAUACUAGACCUGCCUCUCCAUAUACGCUUAAUCCACCCAUUGAUUCGGAUGGGUUGUCAUGGCCUAGUAUGGGUGCCCGGGAACGUUUAGAGUCUAGUCCAGAAGAGGCCGGCAAGAGGGAAAAGAGGAUUGCAGAGGCGGUUAAAACGAUUCUUACCGAGUUGGGUGAAGAUCCAAAUAGAGAAGGUCUUUUGGAAACGCCAGAACGUUAUGCACGUGCGAUGCUAUUUUUCACCAAGGGAUAUGAGGAAAACAUCAAGGAUGUGAUCAAGCGGGCUGUUUUUGAAGAAGAUCAUGAUGAAAUGGUGAUUGUGAAGGACAUUGAGAUCUAUUCAUUGUGUGAGCACCAUUUGGUUCCUUUUUUCGGUAAGUGCCAUAUUGCGUACAUUCCUAACAAAAAGGUUUUAGGGUUGAGCAAAUUGGCGAGACUUGCUGAGAUGUUUUCCAGAAGACUCCAAGUUCAGGAAAGAUUGACAAAGCAGAUUGCCAUUGCUCUUAGUGAGAUUUUACAGCCACGUGGUGUUGCCGUUGUCAUCGAAGCUACCCAUAUGUGUAUGGUGAGUAGGGGUGUUCAGAAAUCUGGUGCUAUAACGUCAACGAGUUGUAUGCUUGGGUGUUUCAGAUCCCAACAGAAAACUAGAGAUGAGUUCUUGACUUUACUGGGGAGAAAUUGA